AUGAAGUGUAGAAAGAGUAUUGGUAGCAAGAGUAAACUUAAUCUCCAUCAGAGAAUCCCCACCGGGGAGAGACCACAUAAAUGUCGACAGUGCGGAAAAAACUUUACUCGGAAAGGAUAUCUUAAUUACCAUAAGAGGAUCCACAUAGGUGAUAGACCUUAUAAAUGCCUGGAGUGUGGGAAGAGCUUUACUCAGAAAGGAGAUCUUAAUUCUCAUAAAAAGGCCCACACAGGAGAAAGACCAUAUAAAUGCACAGAGAUCCACACAGGGAAGAGACCAUACAAAUGCCUGGAAUGUGGGAAGAGUUUUUUUAGCAAAACAUGCCUUACUCGGCACCAAAGGAUACACACUGGGGAGAAGCCACAUAAAUGUCUGGAGUGUGGAAAGAGCUUUACUCAGAAAGGACAUCUUAAUGCUCAUAAAACAUUACACACUGGGGACAAACCAUAUAAAUGCCUGAAGUGUGAAAAGAGCUUUACUCGAAAAGAAAGACAUCUUAAUUCUCAUGAAAAGAUCCACACAGGAGAGAGACCAUGUAGAUGCCAGGAAUGUGGAAAGAACUUCAGUGACAAAAGUAGACUUAAUCGCCACCAAAAGAUCCACACAGUGGAUAAUCCAUAUAAAUGCCUGGAGUGUGGAAAGAAUUUCAAUAGCAAGAGUAAGCUUAGUGUCCACCAAAGGAUCCACACUGGGGAGGAACCACAUAAAUGCUUGGAGUGUGGAAAGAACUUCAGUGACAAAAGUACUCUUAAUCGCCACCAAAGGAUCCACACACUGGAUAACCCCUAUAAAUGCUUGGAGUGUGAAAAAAGCUUUACUCGAAAAGAAAGUCUUAAUUCUCACAAAAGGAGCCACACUGGGGAGAGACCAUAUAAAUGCCUGGAAUGUGGAAUGAACUUUUUCCGGAAGGGAAAUCUUAAUUCUCAUAAAAGGAUCCACACUGGGGAGAGAACACAUAACUGUAGGGAAUGUGGAAAGAGCUUUACUCGGAAAGUGUAUCUUACUUAUCAUGAAGGGAUCCAUACAGGAAAGAGACCCUAG